CGCUGUUACGGCAAACUGGCUGUGAGCCGCCUCACACAGGAGACGCACUUCAGCGGUGAGAGGUGCUAGUGUUUACCUGCUAGCUGUGCUGCAAUGGUGUGAACGACCUCCAGUAGUUUCUUAGUCCUACUCGAGCAGUGAAAGAGCAAAGAUAGCGCAGGCAGCCAGCGGCUAACAGCCAUGUCCGACCGCCUGGCCUUCCAGACCCAGCUGGCCUCCAUCAUGGAGGUCCUAGCUAACGCAGCGGUGGCGGAAAUCUGCAAGCUGGUGGACGACGACUACGCGGUGGUGAGGUUGCAGAUGUCUCAGUGCCAGAGAGAGAACAAGGCCCUGAAGAGGAAACUACACCUGCUGGAGCUGAAGAUGGCCCGGGGAAAUGCCGAGAGGAGGCUCCGGGAGAGUGCCCUGAACAGCAGCCGGCCGAGGGUGCAGAUAAACGGCAGCGACAGGCUCCGAGAGCCCUCCACCCCCGCCGGUGACGUGUUUGACCAGCAGAGGGAGGUGCUCCUGUGGCCCAGCGGAGACGCAGCCGGUGAACUGAUCCUGUCUGAGAGCGUGCACAGUAAGUCUCCAGAUGUGGAGUUGGUGGAGCCGGAGGCAGUGCUGGUGAAAGAGGAGAAGGUGCCGGCAGCCACGCCUCGAGACGAAGAGGCGGAGCAAAGUGCGUCACUUAUAGGAGACGAUGGGCUGAUGGAGUGUGUCCCUCGUGGAGCUGAAGCUCAGAUGCCCGGCCCCGAGGACCAGGACGCCCAGUCUACUCGAUCCCAGUCGCAGAGCCAGGCGUGCAGGGCGAAGCUUCCCGGCAGAGGAGUGGAGAAGGAUGAGGAGCCAGAUGUGGUGCUGGUGAAGGUGGAGGAGGUGGAGCCGAUGACGCGACCUCGGAACCGGCCGUGCCUCAGCAUACAGGAGGGGUUGGUGGAGUCCAGUACAGACGACUACAGAGGAGUGCUGUCCUUUGAUGAAACCACACAGAUGUCCACCAAUCGGCUGGCCGACCUGCAGGACUCUGGGCGGGGCUUCUCAGAGGUUGCAGCACCUCAAAUGACCCCUGCAGAAUCAGAAGAUAUCAGCAGCAUUGCGGCGGUGCAGCUGAGGGUCCCAGACACCAACAUGCCAGCCAACCCAACCAAGCAGCAGCAGCAGCAGCGAUGCAGCAACAACCCCACGAGCUGUGACUACUCUCUCUUUGAACUGGAGACCUUCUUCACCCGCUGGGCCCCUGAUAGUGACCCUGUGUCAGCUCCUGGUGGCUCUUCAUGUGCAUUUGUUCCUAACAAGUCAACUGAACGUGACCAGGAUAGAGUUGUUAUCGUAGACACUCGUCGACAGCCUUGGCAAGUGCUCGAUCCACCACAGACCUCGACGUCCUCGACGUCCUCGAGCGGAGGGCAGAGUUUCUCCUCUGCAGGCCGUCCGUCUGCAUCACAGGGGACUUCUGCACCCACGUCUUUGAGGAUGCAGGAUCCAGGAUCUUCCCAGCCUUCCUGGAGGAGAACAUCAGCACAGGCUCAAGUGCUGCAGCUUCAAAAUGGCAGCACUUACUCUCAACAGGAAAGCGCCGUUCCUCCCUCACGAAUCACACCGUCCUCCAGCACAGGUGCUGUCAGUAAAACAGGUAAAACCAGGACAGCUGGGGCUCCACAGUCCUCUCUAUCAGUCCGGGGAGCCAUGGCACCGCUGGCCAGCACUGAGGUGGCCAUCGCCCCCCAGCAUCGGACAACUCUCCUCACUAACCUUAAUAGAAAUCGUGCCGCAUGCACGUUGCCCACAGAGCGCCGCAGGAAGAGUUACGUAUGUGGAGCCUGCGGGAAAGCUUUCUCUGGCCUGUCCAAUCUAGAGGUGCACAAGAGAGUGCACACAGGCGAGAAGCCUUUCCGCUGUGACACGUGUGGGAGGCACUUCUCCGAGGCUGGAAACCUGAAAAAACACCAAAGGGUUCACACGGGGGAGAAACCCUUCAGCUGCAACCAGUGUGGGAAGAGGUUUGCUUGGAUCUGCAACUUGAGGACGCACCAGCAGUCUGCCGCAGGCUGCGGAGCACAAGCCGGGCUGUAGCUGCUGAUGCUGUUAUUAUUUGCUGGAUUCAAAGGGUAUAGUUAUAGUUGACCCAGUUUAGCUCUUUCUCUGUGUUCCUGUGGACGUUUUGAAACUUUUCCUUCGUCUCCUGGUCCUCAGAGAGCCUCUCCAUGGAUGCACGGCACAACCUAAAGAGAGUGCCAGCUCUCCAGCACGUAUACACUUAAAGAAAAGAAGAGAAACUGAAAGAGCUUCACUGAACAGAGGGGGUGGCUCACGACAACAGCUAUCAGUGGCCUAAAAUGCAGGGAUUUAACCCCCAGUCAUACCCUGGCUCCUGUGACUGUAAUAAUGCUUGGCUCAUGACCAUUAAUGACCCACAUGAUUACAGUAAAAGGCUCUCAGGACCACCGCUGAGGUGACAACCUUGCUAAUGGUUAAACAUGUCUGUUUUACAUCAUCUUUACCAACCAAAGAAUUCCACGUUCCAAGCCUGCGGGACAUUUGACUGAAUAUUGUGUUUUUGAGCCUGUAUAGAAACAUGUGACCCUGUGAGUGUUACAGGAAAUCCACACUAAACUCAAACUCUCGUUUUUCACUCACUAAAGGUGUGUGCUGGACAAUUAUCUCACCUCAAAAAAGAAAAGUACAUAGAGUCGAUUACAUUCAUCACCACGAUGUGUAUUUGACCACAGUGGGAAUCAGACUGAAUUUAAGAGCAUAUAAAGUCUCCUGUGACCAACCUCAUCAGAUCUAAUGUGGUGCUUUCAGCUCUUUUCAUUCUUUCCUGUGGGAUAGUUGCCCUCUCUCUCUCUCUCUCUCUUAUUCUGUGGGGAAAUCUUCCACUUUCACAGAGUUAAUAAAUAAAUUGGAGGUGUAGGCAGAAUUCAUCUAGAGGGGUGCUGCGUUAAACUCUUCAUCCACGGAAGCCUGAAGUCUGUGCUACAGCUGACCUGAAGGCUGUAAAGAAGAACACAAAACAUUAUUUGUCAGUGCUAGGACCAAUUCUGU